AUGAAGCGCUUUGUCUACAUAAAUGACGAAUCGUACCAGAAUGACUACUGUGAUAAUCAGAUUUCUAACACAAAGUAUACCUUAUGGAACUUCCUGCCCAAGAAUCUAUGGGAGCAAUUCAGGCGUUUCAUGAAUCAAUAUUUCCUAUUGAUAGCAUGUCUCCAACUGUGGUCACUUAUUACUCCUGUAAAUCCUGCAAGCACAUGGGGCCCACUUAUAGUAAUUUUCGCCGUUUCGGCAACCAAAGAGGCCUGGGAUGACUACAAUAGGUACAUUUCAGACAAGCAAGCGAAUGAGAAGAAAGUGUGGAUUGUAAAGAAUGGUGCACGCAAACAUAUUCAAGCACAAGAUAUCCGUGUUGGUAACAUAGUAUGGAUUCGAGAGAAUGAAGAAGUUCCAUGUGACCUUGUUUUAACAGGAACUUCUGAACCUCAAGGCAUUUGUCAUGUUGAGACAGCUGCCCUUGACGGGGAAAUUGACUUGAAAACAAGAGUAAUUCCAACAACAUGUGUAGGACUGGACUCUGAACAAUUGCACAAAAUAAAGGGUGUCAUUGAGUGCCCAAUCCCAGACAAAGACAUAAGAAGAUUCGAUGCAAACAUCAGGCUGUUUCCUCCAUUUAUUGAUAACGAUAUUUGUCCAUUGACUAUUAAUAACACAUUACUACAAUCGUGCUACUUGAGAAAUACAGAAUGGGCUUGUGGAGUGGCAGUUUAUACAGUUCAUACUCAGUUCUCUCUGGAGGGCGAACAUGUUGACAAUGUAUGUUUGAAGGAAAGACUGUGUCUACUAGAUAACACCCUGCGCGUAGCUGUGGAAAUUUAUAGCAAUGAAAUUAUCAAAAUAACAAUAAGUAGAAUACAUGAAAAUAAUACCGCACCAUGUUCUCACCAUAUGAACGGCAAUGAGACUAAGUUGGGGAUGAGUAGGGGAGUCCCAGAACCCAAGCUUACUGCCAUGGAUGCAAUGAUUGAUAAGCUUACUGGUGCGAUAUUCUUAUUUCAACUUGCAGUUGUUGUCGUUCUUGGAUCUGCAGGCAAUGUUUGGAAGGACACUGAAGCUCGGAAGCAAUGGUAUGUCAAGUAUGACGAUGAUGAACCAUGGUAUCAGAUUUUGGUUAUCCCUUUGCGGUUUGAGCUAUUGUGUUCAAUUAUGAUUCCCAUUUCAAUAAAGGUUUCACUGGACUUUGUUAAAAGUAUGUAUGCAAAGUUCAUAGAUUGGGACGAGGAGAUGUACGACCAGGAAACAGAUACACCUGCUCACGCAGCAAACACAGCAAUUAGUGAAGACUUGGGACAAGUUGAGUAUAUUUUGACAGAUAAAACUGGGACUCUGACUGAGAACAAAAUGAUCUUCAGAAGGUGCUGUAUUGCAGGCACCUUGUAUGGGAAUGAAAGUGGAGACGCGCUUAAAGAUGUUGAACUGCUGAAUGCUGUUGCCGAUAAUUCGCCCCAUGUCAUUAAAUUCUUGACAGUCAUGGCACUUUGCAAUACAGUUAUUCCUAUAAAAAGUCCUAGCGGAACAAUAUCAUAUAAAGCUCAGUCCCAGGAUGAAGAUGCUCUUGUUAAUGCAGCAUCUAAUUUGCAUGUGGUGCUUGUCAGCAAAAAUGGAAAUAAUGCUGGACAACAAAUAAAGACAUUUGUUGACGCGGUUGACAAAUAUGCUCAGCUGGGAUUACGCACACUCUGCUUGGGAUGGCGUGAGCUAAGUUUGGAGGAGUACCUAGAAUGGUCUCGGUUAUUUAAGGAGGCCAACAGCGCGUUAGUUGACCGGGAGUGGAAAGUUGCUGAGGUUUGCCAGAAAUUAGAGCACACCUUGGAUAUACUUGGUAUCAGUGCGAUAGAGGAUCGGCUCCAGGAUGGUGUGCCAGAAACUAUUGAAAUACUGAGACAGUCAGGAAUCAAUUUUUGGAUGUUAACUGGAGAUAAACAAAGCACUGCUAUUCAAAUAGCUCUUUUGUGCAAUUUAAUUUCUUCAGAGCCCAAGGGUCAACUCUUGUAUAUCAAUGGGAAAACCGAAGAUGAAGUUGCCAGGAGCUUGGAAAGAGUUCUACUCACUAUGCGGAUAACUUCUUCUGAACCUAAGGAGUUAGCGUUUGUUGUGGAUGGAUGGGCUCUUGAAAUUAUUCUAACACGCUACAAGGAAGCUUUUACGGAACUAGCAGUUCUUUCAAAGACAGCAAUAUGCUGUCGUGUUACACCUUCACAGAAAGCACAGCUUGUCAAGCUCCUAAAGUCAUGUGACUAUCGAACUUUGGCAAUUGGCGAUGGUGGGAAUGAUGUCAGGAUGAUACAGCAGGCUCACAUCGGUGUAGGGAUUAGUGGUAGAGAAGGUCUUCAAGCAGCAAGGGCUGCUGACUAUAGCAUCGGCAAGUUCAGGUUCUUGAAAAGGCUCAUUCUUGUCCAUGGACGAUACUCAUACAACCGUACUGCCUUUCUUUCGCAGUAUUCGUUCUACAAGUCAUUGUUAAUUUGCUUUAUUCAGAUACUUUUUUCUUUUGUUUCAGGUAUUGCCGGAACAAGUUUAUUCAAUUCAGUUAGUUUAAUGGCCUAUAAUGUCUUCUACACAAGCAUUCCUGUUUUAACUACUGUUCUGGACAAGGAUUUAUCUGAAAAGACAGUGACACAAAACCCAGAAAUUUUACUAUACUGCCAGGCUGGAAGGCUUUUGAAUCCAAGUACUUUUGCUGGUUGGUUUGGUCGAUCGUUAUAUCAUGCAAUUGUUGUUUUCUUAAUCACCAUUCAUGCUUAUGCCAAUGAAAAAAGUGAGAUGGAGGAGUUGUCAAUGGUUGCUCUCUCAGGAAGUAUUUGGUUGCAGGCUUUUGUCGUGACACUGGAGAUGAGUUCUUUCACUUUUCUGCAGUUUCUGGCAAUAUGGGGAAACUUCGCUGCUUUCUACGUCAUAAAUCUCUGUAUCAGCACCAUACCAACUGCUGGGAUGUACACCAUCAUGUUCCGCCUUUGUAGACAGCCGUCAUACUGGAUAACAAUGCUGCUAAUCAGUGGAGUUGGCAUGGGUCCUGUAUUAGCUCUGAAAUAUUUCAGAUACACAUACAGUCCGAGUGCGAUUAACAUUCUUCAGAAGGCUGAGCGAUCUCGUGGGCCAAUGUACACCCUGGUAAAUCUGGAAUCUCAACUCAGAUCAGAGAAAGACAAUUCGACCAACGCCAGUUUGACAGCGCCAGUCAAGAAUAAGAAUUCAGUUUACGAGCCCCUACUGUCUGAUUCUCCUAUGGCAUCCAGGAGAUCACUAGCAUCGUCAUCAUUUGACAUCUUUCAGCCAGCUCAAUCAAGGGUACCUGCUGCUUAUCCCAGAAAUAUCAAAACCAGUUAA